UACACCAAACCACACUCUUCGGACACACAAACUUGCAACACCUGAACCCGAGUGACCAUUCCGCGGUAUCGGUGGAGAUGUCAACACCCGAACCUGGCUACAAGAGUAGUACCGGCACAGGUGGUGUCAAGAACCAUGUGGUGAUUGAUGUAGUCUUGAGGGUUGUGUUGUUUGCGACAUCGUUGGUUGCUUUGAUUGUUAUGGUCACUUCUAAACAAACCAAACUCGUACCCGUUGCCCCGGGCAUGGCCAUAUCCAUGGUUGCCAAUUUCGACCAGACCCCGGCUUUCAUAUACUUUAUCGUAGCAAUGUCCGUUGCUUGCUUAUACAGCAUCAUCACUGGUGCGCUAUCGAUCUUAGCUCUUCUGAAGCUUAAACAAGGGUCCAUGAAGCUGGUGUUUCACUUUGUUAUACUUGAUACCUUGCUGUUAGGUGUUUUGGCUUCAGCAACAGGUGCAGCAGGAGGAGUAGCUUACAUAGGAUACAAAGGAAAUUCCCAUUCGAGAUGGAACAAGGUUUGCAACGUGUUCGAUUCCUUCUGCGGUCAUGUUUUGGGUUCGCUUGCUGUGUCGCUAUUACCAUCCAUAGCUCUUCUACUGCUAGUUUGGCUCUCGGUUUUCAUGUUUUCGAAGAAGAUCAGACUGAAUUAGUUUUGUUUGGUUGACACCAUGAUUCCUAUGAUUUAGGUGUGUGUGCUUGUUUGUUUUUGUAAAGUUCGUUACUAAUAAAGAUUAAACAAGAAUAAUUAACGAUUGAUUAUCAAUA